AUGUAUGACGGGGAAUCACCUAAGGUAAAGAAGGAAAUCAAUGAGUAUAUUCAGGCUGCAAAAGAAGAGGACAGUGCCGACGCCAAACCCACAAACAAGACUCAAUCUGAUGCACAGUUGUCUCCAAGUGAGCACCAACAACUUAUAGAUCUUCUUGCACCGGUAUUGAAGCAUGUUCUAGUGGGUCUGUCAGAGAAAACCAGUUGGUAUUUUACUGUUAUUGCCGGUGGCCCUUCUCCCGAGGAAGGUGGUGAGAUCCAUACAAUCUGCUACCAUCAUGGCAAGACUGAGAUGGGUCACAAUUUCGGGAACACUAUGCCCAACUUUGUUACGAGAGUCAUGAAGCCCUACGUUGAGUUUCUACAAGUCGCUUUCCAUGAGUAA